CCGGCGACGGAAAACUAGAGAUUUAUUAAAAUGAUGUACGGAGAAUCACCUAUAAGACUUCCCAGAAUCAGCCACGUGUCAAAUUCCGGCAGUGAUUUCGGAAGUAGCCCCCAUCACACCAGUUACAUCGUCCAGAUCCCUCCGACGCCGGACAACAAUCCGGCGCAGGUUUCAAUCGUUCUCCGGGGAUUCGAUUUCAAUCCGGCCUCGGUUCUGGUUCCAUCUGCUCCCGGGGACAUCGAUUCCGGUUCAUCUGGAAAAGACAACGAACCGGAUCUAACCGAUGUCAGAAUCAGUGAAGAUGAAGAUGAAGAAGAAGAAGAAGAUACCUUGCUUUACAAGAUAUCUUAUCCUCUAACUCGUAUCGUCAAAAUCUCUCCGAUCAUCAUCGCUCUUUAUCGGAUUCUGAUAGUUGUUCGAGUAGUAUCUCUUGUUCUGUUUCUCUUCUGGAGAAUCAGAAACCCAAACAAUAAAGCAAUAUGGUUAUGGUUACUCUCUGUAAUCUGUGAAAUCUGGUUUGCUUUCUCUUGGUUACUCGACCAAAUCCCUAAGUUGUUUCCUGUUAACCACGCAACCGAUAUCGAAGCCUUAAAGGCGACAUUCGAGUCACCAGAUCCGAAUAACCUGACCGUGAAAUCAGAUCUUCCCGGGAUUGAUGUGUUUGUUUCAACGGCUGAUGCAGAGAAGGAGCCUCCAUUAGUCACAGCCAACACAAUUCUAUCGAUUUUAUCGGUUGAUUAUCCUGUUGAGAAGCUCUCUUGUUAUAUCUCAGAUGAUGGAGGAUCGCUUGUUACGUUUGAAGCAAUGGCUGAGGCGGCUAGCUUUGCGAAAAUAUGGGUUCCGUUUUGCAGGAAACAUAAGAUCGAGCCGAGGAAUCCGGAGAGUUACUUUGGUUUGAAGAGGGAUCCUUAUAAGGAUAAGGUGAGACAUGAUUUUGUUCGAGAGCGACGGUAUGUGAAACGAGGUUAUGAGGAGUUUAAGGUUCGGGUUAACGCGCUGUCUCAUUCGAUUAGAAGGAGAUCAGAUGCGUAUAAUAGCAAAGAAGAGAUUAAAGCUUUAGAGAAAUGGAAGCAUUGGAAGGUGAAAGUUGAAGAGGAUCAAGUUAAGGAACCAAGGCCUGCUUUAGUAGCUCCUAAAGCUACUUGGAUGAGUGAUGGAACUCAUUGGCCCGGUACUUGGGCUGUCCCUUGUCCGCACCAUUCCAGAGGCGAUCACGCUAGUAUUAUACAGGUAAUUUAUAUUCACGGUUUAAUCUCCAAUUGAUUCGUUAUAGUGUUUGUGUUUGACUCUGUGUUUUGUUUAUAGGUGCUGAAACCUGAUUCAUUCCCUUGCUCCCCAAGUAAGCUAAAAGCUCUCUCUAUUUGAUACAAGUUGUAUUCUCUCUGUAAACAUCAAGUUAUCAAAGUUGUUCUUUAUAAGAAAUUAAGUUUUUAUUC